AUGCCGAGCAGGAGAGGUUUCAAUCUGUUUCUGAAGGGACUGGUAUGCAUUGGGGUGUUUUCUUACUCAAUCAUGGUAUCCAUGGGAGGCGAGUCACCAGAGUUUGAAGCUUUGCUGCAAUUCAUUAGAGCUGUUGAUCCUCAAGAUAUACUUAAAGUUGGCCAGAAUGCACCUAUGCGGCAAAAUCCCUGCAUACAUAAGUGGAAGGGUGUGACAUGCAACUCACUCGCUACUUCGAUAACAGAAAUCAGGCUUGAAAAUUUGAAUCUUAGUGGCAUACUUGAUGUAGGUUCACUAUGUAAUCUCCCGAAUCUUCGAGUUGUUAGCCUAGCAAAAAACCAAAUUGGGGGAACUAUUUCUAACUCAAUAUUGCAUUGCACAAGGCUAACAUAUUUGAAUAUAAGCAGCAAUGUUCUGAGUGGAAGGAUACCCAAGGCUCUGACUAAACUGAAAUAUCUGAGGGGACUGGACAUCUCCAACAAUCAUUUUAUUAGCACCGCCUCACGCUCUGAAGAGGGAGUUCAGCCGAUUCAUACAUACUUGAAGAAAUCGAGGAGAUUACAGAGACAUGGUGCCAUGAAGCAGGAAAAGGUAGUAAAUUCAGUGGCCGUAGCAACAGAGUCCGAGAGACCAAGCAGUGGCAGUGGCAGUGAUUCAGAUACCUUUAGACCGUGGUACAAGAAAUACGAAUACAUGAUGCCAUUAAUUGUGGGGCUUGGCUUCUUUCUCUUGUUCAUGUACUUUGCAGGAAGGAAGGCUGCUAAGAUAGCUGAAGAGAGGGAGAUUCUCAAAUCGCUUCGAGACUCGCCUCAGAAUAUUCCGCCUCCUAAGGUUCAAGAGGGAGAGAAGCCAGUGGAGAACCGAUCGGAGCUUGUCUUCUUCGUUGAAGAACAUGAAAGUUUUAAAUUGGAAGACCUCCUUGAAGCCACAGCUGACUUGAGAAACCAGUCCUUUUGCAGCAGCCUUUACAAGGUAAUACUGAAAAACAAUGCCCUAUAUGCAGUCAAAAGAUUGAAGAAAUUGCAAGUACCCUUUGAGGAGUUUGGCCAAACAAUGAGACAAAUAGGGAUUAUAAAGCAUCCCAACAUUCUACCACUCGUUGGUUACAAUUCCACUAACGAAGAAAAACUUUUGAUCUACAAGUUUCAAAGCAAUGGAAGUCUGCUAAACCUGCUUGAGAGCUACACAGAAGGUAAGAGGGAUUUUCCAUGGAGGCUUCGGCUCUCUAUAGCACGCGGUAUUUCAAGGGGGCUAGACUUCAUAUAUCAGAGGACUGAUGACUGCAUCCCUCAUGGGAAUCUCAAGCUUUCAAAUAUCCUCUUAGAUGACAAUGAUGAACCACUGAUUAGCGAGUACGGGCUUUCAAGUUUUUUCGACCCCAAGAAAGGGUGUACCAUUUCCUCCAAUGGUUACACAGCCCCAGAGAAAAUGUUAUCAGAAAAGGGAGAUAUUUAUAGCUUCGGCGUGAUUCUUCUGGAGUUACUAACAGGCAAAACUGUUGAAGGAACUGGGAUAGACCUUCCUAAGUGGGUGACUGCCAUGGUUAAGGAGGAGUGGACUGGGGAGGUCUUCGACAAGGAGGUUGCUAAAGCUGCAAAAGAAUGGGCAUUUCCUCUUCUCAACAUUGCCCUCAAGUGUGUAUCAGCUUCACCUACAAACAGGCCAACUGCGGAAAAUGUUUACGGAAAGAUUGAAGAGGUUAUACUUGACACCUCAAAUUCAUCGGAUUGUACUACUGAGUGUGGUGGCUACCAAGACAACUGCUGUAUGCUUCACUCCAUCAUACCUGAAACCUGGGACAGUCCUGGAUCAAAUUAUUAA